AUGACAGGAGCGGAGGGUUUGUAUCCAACGCUGGUCACUAACUGCAUCUUUAAAGUGCAACUAACCCCCCAAUUUUUUUUUCACUGAACGAAAUCUUCUUAUCAUCCUGCUUACUUGUGCGAAAAAAUUUUGGUCAUAGCGUUUUUCCUUAUUUUUUUAUAAUUUUUCAAAGUUUCAAAUUUUGGCGGUUCUUGCGGCCACUACCGAGCUCUGUGGAGAAUGGGUCCGAGUUUUUUCACAUGAAACUUGCGACUCGCGAUCACUUUGUUCAUCUUCCACUUCGGCCAAAGUUGCCUCAGAAUCUUCUGAAUUAAAACUUCUCUCAGAACUUGAAUCACUUAAAGACAUAUUCCGUUGAAUUUUGGUCGUUUUAGUAUCCCGCUCGCUUAAAAUCAGUUAAAAUGAUUUUCCCUUUCUCGCUUCUCGGUCAUUUACUCAUGAGUUCGCGGCAGAUGUCCUCCUUCGAUGACGUCACAACAACAUUCGUACCCAGCUCCCACGAACCUCGGUAAUGGGACACAGGAGACCUAACUUUAAACAGCCAUGGAAACGCGAGGAUUUUGUCAAUCACGAUAAUUUUUUCGCAAAAGUAAUCAGAAAAAUAAGGAGAUUUCAUUUAGCGAAAAACAUUUUUGGGGGUUAGUUGCACUUUAACGUUUUCUUGUUAUACACCUCUAUCGCGUUAAACAUCAUAACAAUACAAGCGCUGAGGAAAACGUCGUCGUUGCCAAGGACUUUGAAAACAUUGCUCUUGAGUUUGGCUGCUUCUGAUCUCGGUGUUGGUUUACUUGUCCAACCUAUUUUUGUUUCACAUCUCAUUAUUCAAAUACAACAAAACACUAGCGAUAAUGCUUAUGGUACAGUAUUUACCAUUUUCGAAACCCACAUGGCUUUACUUUCUUUUGCAUCGUUUUUUAGUGUUGUCGCUAUAACUGUUGAUAGAUUCUUAGCCAUUCAUCCUCAUCUCAGAUACCAGAAACUUGUGACUCACAAGCGUGUUAUUGCCGUAGUCAUAUCUACUUGGGUGAUCACCGCAUAUCUCUCUUUACUAGUCCCUGCUGCUCGUUUGGACUGGAUUCCUAAAAGAGUUCCUGUGAUUAUGUUUUCAGCCAUCGGCGCUGUUUGUUUCAUAACUACAGGAUUUCUCCACUACAAGAUAUACGCAUCUGUACGACACCAUACAGAUCAAAUCCAAGCUCUGCAAGCACAAGAAGAAGCACAGCAUAGAGAAAUGAAAAAUGCUGUGAGGCUGAGAAAAACUUCACUUGCUACAUUUUAUAUCUAUUUCCUCUUUUUGGCUUGUUAUGUGCCAAUCUUUUGUGUCAACCUUGCCGAACUGCUCUGUGAUGAAACUGCCUUGAUCCAACAUUUGUGGUAUUAUGUUAGGACAAUUAUGCUUUUCAAUUCAUCUCUCAAUCCUUUGAUCUACAGCUGGAAGAUGAGACACAUUCGACACGCUGUUAUAGACAUACUUCGAAGCAUACUCCCGUGUCGCCACUAA